GUACGCGCGAUUGGUUGAAUUUGAAUCAAGUCGGUUUGUUUAAAAAUAGGCUCAAACCUUUGUUUGGGAAUUCGUGAGUCCAAGAAAGGCGCGUAUCAACAACAUAAAUGUGCUCUUUGAUGUGCUAUGAUUUCUGUUCAAUCUAAUAAUUUCGGUAACUGUUCCAAUACCAAACCACCUUCGCUGAAUAAUGAAUCUCUGUUAUAAGUAAACUCUGAGGACAUGUGUAAUUUCUAUUUGUAUAUUCUCAGUAAUAAAUUUUCGAAAGAUAUCGACGCAUUAAUAAGCGAGUAGAGCGAUUUGAAGCGAUCUUAAAUCUUUUUCGAAAACAUUUAUUACGAACACAAUGGAGAAGUAUCAACACAUGAAAGCAUUCAUUUCAGCAGCUACGGAAUAUAGCAAGCAUCCUAACGAAAACGCUAUAUCUGCAAUACAAAGAAGCCUCGGGGUGAUAAGUGCAUCAUUAGAUCUGAGUAUAUUCGAUCCUGGUACUAGUAUAGCUGCAGAAUUCUAUGUAAGCCUGUAUGAACUUAUGAAUUCCUUUGGAUCACGAUCCACCUUGAUCUGGAGUGCUGUGGAUGUUUUACAAAAUGCUUGCCGGAAUAUUUCCUCUAGACAAUCACUGAUUCACACAUACAAAUUUGCACCUUUAUUGGCAAGAUUACUAGAGGCAAAUCUGACAAGUGAGAAAAGAAUAAGAGUAUUAAAAUUAUUGCAAGAAUUAACAUAUGGAAUUAAGAUAUCAUGGCAAGAAGCUCAUCUUCCAUAUUUAAUUUCUACAUUGACUCAGUGGGUGGUUCAAGCAAAAGAAGAAGAAAUUAUUGCCCUAUCCUUGGGAGUGCUGGUAAAUCUGUGUUACAAAAAUCUUCCAGCAGUCUACACUUUGAUGCGAACCAUCAAUACUAAAGCAUUUAUUAGAACAUUGUUAAAACUCCAAGAUCAUGUCAGUACUAGUGUACAAUGUUGCAAGCUAUUGAUUAUAUUGGAGCCCACAAAUACAAACAUUUCCGAGAAAUAUAUCAUGGAUUUUGCAUCAUUAACUUUUACAAAUCUCAAAACAGCAAUGAUACAAAAAGAUGUUUUAUUAUUAAGACAUAUUAUUGAUUUUUUCAACGAUGUUGGACAAAACGAACAUUCUCGAAAUGUGCUGCUUACAUAUUCAAAUUAUGGCAAUGACGUGCAAAAUAUAUUAGCAACUUUGGAAGAAAAUACAGACCCGGAAUGCGUUGCUCUGAUGAUGGAAUUCUUAUUAUCGUUGGUGAAGCUGAAAGUAGCUGCCUUAACACCUCUGUAUCCUGCUUGUAUAAAAUCAGCUAUGACAUGGGUGCCCGUGGAACAAGUGUGCUCUAAAGCUUUAACGCUCAUACGAACCGUGAUAAUCGACUCUCGUCGUACUAAAACUUCCGUCGAAGUUUUAAUGGAGAUAGAUCCAUCUGUCCUUAUGCUCAUAACAAAUCCAGAAAACGACGGUAAUGAGAAUCAAACUGCAGAAACGGAAAUGAGACAAGCUGAAUUGAUGCAACUGUUUCAAGAAAUGAUCAAAACUCCGGCACUUAAAAAAAAGAUUAUGCAAUCUUUCAAUGAACAUGCGAUGCGUAAAUUGUUUAGUCAUUUGUUAGAUAACGAGUUCUCUGCCGCUGGAGAUUGGAUCGGGAAUUUUAUUCAAAACGUGUCUACCAAUCUGUACAUUCAUGCAUUAGCUUUGACAGCAGAUUUGGCGGCGAACCAUUCUAACUGGCUGACAUUGUAUUCUGAAUUGCUUAGCAAGAAACAAGUGCAAAUAAUAAUGGCGUUGGCAUUAUUUACCGGUGAUGGGGAAGUAAAACAAAAAGUCUUGCAAUUGACAUCGUCGGUUGGAUUUCCGCAGGAUUGUGUUUUCGCGGUGGCAUCGUGCAUGAAGGAGUUGGAACCGUUGGUAUUAGUUCAGAGUACUAAUAGCAAUGUGUUGGAAAUCGCAAAUAAAACAUCGUUAAAUUAUAAUGGACACGAAAUGGCGCCAUUAUUUUCAGCUGUACAAGAAGAACGUCUCGAUAUAUUUUUAGCUAAACUUCAAUCAGCUUUUGAAUCCAAUCAAAUAAGUGAUCUUCCGACAUCCGCAGUAAUGGAAUUAUACGAAUAUAAGUUAGCAGCAAUGAGACAUUCCGAAAGAGCAAUGCAAUCAAGUUUAGAAGCAGCGAAUAAUCAUGCUACUAGUCUUCAACAUAGAUUAGCACAAGUAGUAGCUGAGUCUGGUAGAUUACAUCAAUUAUUGUUUGAUACUCAACAGUGUUUGGAAGGAACAAGAGCUGAAAAAUCUACAUUAAUGGAAAAACUUAAUGAGAUAGAAGAAAAAUCUAAGAAAGCGCUUCUUAUGAAAAAACAGGAAAAUGAGUCCUUGAGAAAAAUUGUAAUAGAAAAAUCGACAACGUUAGAAAAUCUGAAUGAGAAACUGAUGCAAUGUACACAAGAAUUAGAAGCCAGUAAUAAUAAGAAUGAUAUAUUGAGUAAGAAAGUCCAGGAGUUAGAUAAUGAACGUUUAACUGCCGAUGCGAAGGUUGUAGAUAUGACCAAUAAGAAUCACGAAUUAAGUAAACUCUUACAAAAAAUGAAAGAUACUCUUAGCAAGAAGGAACAGAUUAUAGAGAACAAGAGUGUAGAAAUAGUAACAUAUCAAAACGAUAUAUCUGCAUUAAAUCAAGAAAUUCAACAAAUGACACAAAUGCUGCAGACAUAUCAACAAACCAUAGCGGAAAAAGACGGAAAUAUUCAAAGAAUGAAAUUAGAAUUAACAGAAUUAAGUCGCAUGCGAGAUAUGAUCUUUGAACUCACUGCUAAAAACAAAGACGAUUUAAAUUCAAGUUAGCAUCUAUUUUAUUUUAAGAUCCUUUAGUUCUUUGACAGACUCUGAUGGAAACUCUUUGAUAAGAUAAUUAAGUAAAAACACUGACCUAGAGUUUGUUGUCGGAGAGUUUGUAUUAAUAUAAAAUAGAGAGACAUUUUAAUAUUUUUUUACCAUAAUAAAUUUCAUUAUGUAUAUGAA